GGCAAGUCAAGUUUAUACAAACCAGAGGAACAAUCCGAUCAAAAUCUGACCUUGACCCAACAAGAGUUCUUAAAUGAAAUUGCAGAAAUUCAUCAAAGGCGAAGCAAACUUUUGGAGGAAAAAUGCAAGUUGUAUAACUUCUCUCAAAAUCUUUCAAAGCCUCAACAUGCACUUCUCCUAAAAGCAAUGUCUUAUAAUACACCUGUUUGGACAUGUCCUGUGCCUAAGGUAGCCACAAGGUUUUUGGGAAGAAUGUUUGCAAUAUCUUCAAAUUACUUCCGAGAAGAGAAUGUAAGCUCCCUUGGGCUGUUGAACAUAACAGGAGCUUUGAGUAAAUCAAAGUUUUUUCAGAAGUACAAAGCAAAGGACAGAGCAAUUUUAAUGAAAUACCACAGGGUAUUAUUUGUAAGGCAUCCAUUUGAUCGACUUAUUUCUGCUUAUUUGGAUAAAAUGUAUGGACUCGGUCAGUGGCGGGGUACUAGUUUGGAUAUUAUAAAGACAGUACGUCCUAAUCCAAGUGGUUAUUCUCUAGCAUGUGGUCAUGAUGUCACGUUUCUUGAAUUUCUUAAAUAUGUAGUGAUGAUGCCAGACAAGACAAACAGACACUGGACUACCGUGAUGUCAUUCUGUGAACCCUGUGCUGUACAUUAUGACAUCAUAGGACACACAGAAACAGCACAGGAUGACAUCCCAUAUAUGUCACACAUGAUCAGUAGCAAUGUUCCUCCAAUGUCUAAAGACAUAACUAACAUAGAAAACAUUAAACGAGAAGUACAGAAACUAUUUAUGCCUCGCUUUAGACCUUCGACAGAAUGCAACAUCACAUUCAGUCAAGGAUAUUACAGAGUUUGGGAUGUUCUAAAACUUCACAGUUACAUAGACAGUAACGCAAAUAUUCCCCCAGCUCAUCAAAUUCUCCAAAAUUUAACUCGGGUGACAUUAGGUACUGAAUUAAGGUUUCGACUACAAAUGAAAUCAUUUUUAAAAAUUGUCCAAGAUGUAAUGGAAAGAACAGCAGUGGAGUUGUAUCACAAUAGAACUGUUAAGGAACCUAUCGACCUGCGGAAAUAUUAUUUUAAUCAUAUACCAAACUUGCUCAUGGCACAACUUCGAGAAAGAUUUAAAUAUGAUUUUGAAAUGUUUGGAUACACAUGACUAAGAUUCAAACAAAGAUUCUUACAUAUUUUACUAUGCAGGACAUCAUAUUUAUUUCAAAUAUGUAUUUAAUGCGGGGUUGGACCAUCCUGUAAUUAGCCUAAACAUGAUUGAUCAAACUGACACAAUUUCAACAUCCAAUAUUGAUUUUUUAAUAAUCUAUUUAGGAUCAAUCUAUAUCACAAC